UAAAAUUCUCCUAGGCGGUAAGCAGAAGUGACUGACGGCGGCUGUGUCUGCUCAUUUCCUGUUUCUCAUUGCACAGUGAGCUGCUAUUUUGAAGGACAGUUCUUGAGCUCAGAUCGUAUUUUGCUGACAAAAUAUGGAUUGAAAGAUGGAUUGGCUUUACAGAAAAACAUUCGGGUACAUUGGUUCAUGUUUUAUAGAAACUUUUCCCUGCCCAUUCCAUUCGUUCUUUCAGAGAAUCUACAUUUUGGCCCCACCAGAAAAGCCAGAAAAUUCGCCGGAGCCCAAUGCUACCGAAGACGAGGAACAGGGCUGUUCUUGUCUGUCAGCCACCCCAGUGGUAGAAGAAGAAGAGUGUGAACACAGUCCAGAGAAGAAUCCCACAAGACAGUUGCCCCUGGACACUGGACAAGGAUUGGUAAAAGGUCUUAAGGAGAAAAGGCUCACCCCAAAGAGACUGCAGCUCCUUCUGGUGGGAAAAACAGGAAGUGGGAAAAGUGCAACAGGAAACAGCAUCCUUGGCAGGCAAGUAUUUGAGUCCAAAGUCAGUGCUCGACCAGUGACCAUGACAUUCCAGAAAGGGAGCAGAGAGCUGGACGGGAGAGAACUUGAGGUGAUCGACACCCCAGAUAUUUUGUCACCUCAGAACCAGCCUGAGGCAACAGCUAAGAAGAUCUGUGACAUCUUGGCCUCACCAGGGCCCCAUGUAGUGCUCCUGGUGAUUCAGGUGGGCCGGUACACUGCUGAGGAUGAGGAAGCUGCCAGAUGCCUCCAGGAGAUCUUUGGAAACGGGAUCUUGGCUUACACUAUUCUGGUGUUCACCCGGAAUGAAGACCUGGCUGAGGGCUCCUUAGAAGAAUAUAUUCAAGAGAACAGCAAUAAGAGCCUGGAUGAUCUGGAUGUUGCAUGUGAGAGGCGCCAUUGUGGCUUCAACAACAGGGCAAAAGGGGAGGAGCAGGAGGCCCAGUUGCAGAAACUUAUGGAGGAAAUCGAAUUGAUCUUGUGGGAAAAUGAGGGCCAUUGUUACACCAUGGAACUUCCAAAUGCUCUCAGCAAAACGCUUUAACCAAAUAGCAAGGCUCUGAGUAGGCAACCUAUAAAGAUAACCUUUCUGGCUAGAAAGGCUAUCCCAGAUUCAGGUAGCCUCUGAGAAGACUCAUUGGUGCUGAUGCAGAGGCAAUCUAUCUGAGUCCAAGCUGGCCAUAAGCAAGAGUAUCUUAGUUAGUGUUCUAUUGCUGUGAAGAAACACCAUAACCAUGGCAACUCUUAUAAAAGAAAGCAUUUCAUUGGGGCUUGCUUUCAGUGUCAGAGGUUUAGCCCGUUAUCAUCAUGGCUGAAAGCAUAGCGGGGCAGGCAGGCAGACGUGGUGCUGAAAAAGUAGCUGAAAGUUCUGCCAUCUAGAUACUCAAGCAGCAGGAAGAGAGAAACUGGGCUUGGAAAGUGCUUUUUGAAACCUUAACACUGUCCCCUACCCUCACACAGUGACACAAUUCAUCCAACAAGGCCACACCUCCUAAUCCUUUCAAAUAGUACCACUCCCUGGUGGCCAAGGAUUUGAAUCUAGAAGCCUACGAUGGCCGUACUCAUUCAAACCACCACAAGGAGAUGUCACCAACAUCUGUACCCUAUGUCCAGCCCCUGUUGCCUGUUCCCUCUGUCUCCACAGAGAACUUUGCAGUCCUUAGGCCAGCGUGUCCAGUGUGGCAAUGGGGUGAGUUUCAGAGGACCUAGCUAUAUUCUGUGUCCAGCUACAUAGCUUCUUUCUGAACACACAGGCCCUCCUUCGCCUUAGUCAGCAGCACAGUGCUCACAUAAGUGCUGUCCCACAUUUUUAUGCCCUGUUUCUAUUCGUGGCUACAAUCGAAGCUUCUUGACAACAGGCCUAGUUCUUUCUUUUGUGUAAACUGCACAGCUGCCUAGCCAAGGUAGUCAGAGUUGAUGCAACCCAGGGGUAGCCAUGGACCAGGCAGUUGUACAUUUCUUGGGCUUCAUCCUUACCCGUAAAGAGGGACUGUGGUUAUUAAGAUGCCUGCCCUGUGUAGUGGGUAGAACAUGACAAUGAACCAAAAUAGAAAAGCCCAGACCUCCAGUUAGGGUUUUCUUCCACAACGUAAGGUAUUGUAAUAAGUUGUGUUCUAUAACCAUGUUCUAACCGCUGAUUUACUUCUAAGCCCUUGAGAGACUUCACGGCAAUGACCACAUGUAUACAAUGACUAAUUCUGAACUGUAUAUGUCUUUCCUGAGAAGGAGCAGGGUAUAGUUCCUCCCCCAUCUUUUGUGAGCUAAGUAGAGUUGGAUGCGUAGGAGGAGAUCACCAAGCACAUACAAGCCUUCCAACAGAGCCAACGAUGGGCAGGACAUGGCAAAGAUUCCAAGAAGUCAAAUAUGAGAGACCCGACCGAGAACCAUCACCUCUGUACUGUCUCCACUGUGCGCACCAUAUGCCCCCAAUAAAGCCUUCAUGUUCCA